GAAAUCAUGGAUUAGCAGACUGCUCUUGCUCACUACAGAUGUUUUGUACUCUACGUCUUCGCCUUUUACAGAGAAAUAAUGAAAUUUAUUGUUUAAAAUAGUUGCAGGAUGUGGAAUUUAUAGAAUAAUGAGACCUGACAAUGGCUUGAUCACCAGAGAAAGUCUCUUGAAGGAUGUAGAAGAAUGCGUAGAAAAGGUACUUGCCAAUGGAGUAUGCACCGUUCAUAAAGAUGAACCCUCAAUCAUCAGCAUUGACAAAGCUCUGAAGUUUGGACUAAAACGCCCCGAACAGGGAUACUGGUACCUUAUCAAAGAUUAUGCACAUUCCAGUACCCUAGAGGCACUCGAUAAUUCUUUGGGCAUUGGAGCAACUCCCAUCCAAAAAGGUAUUGCAUGGCUGUGCUUCACCCUGGUGGAGGGCUCGCUAAUCAGCUGUUUGGGCAGUCUGCUGCUUGACGCCUCAGCUCUGUGCGAGUACUAUCGCGACGAUGCACUCCUGAAGCACAAACGGUUGACCUCUCUAUUCCUCUACUACAUCCACGAGUUGAGCUCCAUCAUUCUCAUUCUACCGUCUGGUGAUCGAAUGGCGGAUGCCGGUCAACCAGUUGAGAAUGACAACAAAGAUGGAAACAUUUCAAAGGCUUCCAACAACAAUGGCCACGUUAGAGAUGUGAAUCAGCCAAUAGGAGCAAGGCUCGCUGCCAAUCGGCGGCCAUGCUUGGACCUGCUCACCAAUGACAGACUCACCAACGGAGAGUCGAUGUUGUCGCCUAUCGAUUCCGGCGUUUCGUUGGUCGACUGUGACGAUGUCGAUAAUACCUCGAUCAGUGAUAUGCUGUUUGAAAACUGUAAAUCAGAGGACGACCUUCUUUUCACAAGUAUGGAAGACAGCGGCAUAAUAUGGAGCGACUCAAACGUGCUACAAGCAGACCUGGCCGGCAGUUGUAGCACGCAAAUAUACAACGGCAAUCUAACGCCCUCUCUCAUCAUCAACAACAAUUUGCAAGGAGACCCGAAAGAAGUCAUAGAACAAGAAGCAAACCAUUCAGUCAAUAAACAACAGUCGGUAGAAGUUGAGAAAACGGAAGACGACUGUGAUGAGGAGAUAGUUUUUAGAAGGACGAAAGGGAGACGUGCAAAGAAGGGCGACAAACAGAAACGUGUGUCGUUUCACGAAGGUGACGUCACAAAGAGUGUAGUGGGAGAGGGUAGAGGGAAGGGACCUGUGGAGAGGAGGCCGUGCUACAGUUGGUGUGUCGAUGAUUUGGCCAGCUAUGCCAGGGCGCAAGCUGCUAGUACCAACGGCGAGGAUUGUUUGCAGAGUGACGGACUGGUUGGCGACGAGUCGUCAGCUACGUUGAGUGAUAGUGAGGUUGGUGUUGAAGUAGACUGUGAUAGCUCGAGUACUCUGGAGGAAGAUCUGCCGACGGGCAGCCGGAAGUUCUAUGACAAGUGGACGACCACUCUGAAGCAGCUGAGCGGUUUAAAGAAGACGCGUCACGACGACAAGACAAUGCCAGAGGUGGACAUGUUCUCAGAGUCAACGUCGAGUCUGAACUCGGCGGAAGUCAGUUCGGCGGGGAAGGUUUUGAAGAAGCUGUGGGCCGAGAAGCAGCCAGCCAUUGGCAAGAUGCUGAAAACGAUCAGCGGACAACUGAUGCCGGUUUCCGAGGGUCAGCUGUUGGAUGAGCGAGGUUGGACGAACGACAAGCGGGCGUUGGCCAGGAGUGGCUCCACCCUCGAGUGGUCGUCCGACUCGGAAUGGUCGUCGGAAGUGGAGGAGAACGCCAGCGGUGAUCGGUUGAAGAGACGUUCGUUGUCGGGUAAUCGAAGGCGAGUGUGUCGUUCACUAUUUUCCUCGAAGCUGCUGCAAGAAGCCUCGUCGAAAACAUCGCUUGUCAACCGAUUCCUCCAGUCAAUACCCGAAACAAAACCAGCCAAAGUGCAGCUUGCUUUGAAUAGGAAGAGAAUGCCUCUUUACAUCGAGGGCGUAGAAUGUGAUCCAUUGUUAAAUGAUGAGGUUCUACAGGAGAUACGUUUGGAAAUGCAAAGUCACAAACCAGAAAAAAGAUCAUCAGUCGAAGUUGACGACAACCUUGCCAACGCAAUCACAACCUACACUCUUCAGUCGCCACAAGAGAAAAUCUAUAAAGUGUACCAAGUGUCCAGUCUGGACGGACUACCUCUGCUGUGUGUGAUGACCAAUAGCACUCUCUACUUGACUGGCAUCAGCCCCAUUAAUCGAGGCUUCUCCAACCACCAUGUCAUUCACUACUCACAACUCAGCUCUAUCAUUGUUGGACCGAACAGUCAAGUGAUGAUGUUGGCAGCCGUGGAUAAGAGUCAGCGCGUGACAGUGUUGGCAACACUGGGUCGCCAGAUGGUCGACGAUCUGUUGGCACACCUGGAGUUGGCAGUGCGGCGGGCUCUCGGCCAAUCGCCGCUCUCCAUUCGCCAGCUCCAUCUCUCUGACAUGACAGAGCUCAAGAAGCUUGUUGUCAAACAGUCGUCUGUGCAGAAGGAUGAGGAGUUGGAGCACUAUGUGUGGGUGAAUGUGGGCAAUGCGAAUGCGGUGACCGCUGGGAGCACCCCGCUGGGUCCCACCAAGGCCGGUCAUCUUAUGUUCAGACCGCACAAACGAUCACAAUGGCUGCCUGGCUAUUGUCUACUCAAAGGCGGCGUUCUGUACGUGUUCGCGGACGCAGAUCAGCGCCUACCACAGUACGCGGUCGGUCUGCACUCGGGCCAGUGCUGCGGCUGCCGGCGUGUACCGCCCCCGGCUCAGAGCCGCCCCCGUGGUGGUAGUGGAGGUGCCGCCUCCCGUAGCACACCGCCCCCGGCGCAGACUCGGCCGCACACGUUCGAGAUCCUGCUGCCACGCCCUGGCCACACCUUUCAGCUGGCCGCCGCUGACGAGUACGAGGUCUCCGAUUGGCUGCAGGCUUUUGUGCAGGCUGCCUCCCACGUGGACAGUGAUACGAAUGUGAUUUGUGAUGAGUUGGCGGAGGCGGUGACGGGAUGUGCUCUGCUGCUGACCACUCGGCACAUACUGACAGUUGCCUUUCCGCCGCAAAAGGUCCAUUCCUGCGUUGCUCUGCACAAUCUAUCAUCAGUCAAACUCGCCCACAACUGCUGUGUUCUGGAAACUGGAUGCAAGGAAAUGGAUGAGGGAGGAGGAGAUUGGAUUGUUUAUUUUGCUACCGAUGUUGCCCUUGAAGAAUUCCUUGAUUGCCUCGUCAGAUUGCAGCCUUCUCUAGCUCAGUCAGUAGUUAUGAUGUCAGACUCUGAUCCGUUGAGUUCCCGUUGCGAACAGACAAGCCGCCUUCUAGAAGAGUGCUGGGAUCUAUUGCUGCAUCCACGAACUAUUUGACAGGAAGUCGACUGCAUCGAAUCGACCUUUCGAUAGAUCGAUAUUUCGAUGAGUUGAUCUUUCUCGAUAGAUAUGGCAUCGCAUAGGGGAUAGGGCUGUGUCAACGAAUUUUGUUCUUCAAACGUGUUGGAGCAAAUUCAACUUAUUUGAAUAUAACUAUUUAUUAAGCUGGAGCGAGAGUUGG